AUAAUUUGAUGAUUAACAUCUAAUGUUAGAAUCUAAUAUAUGUCAUGUUACAUCCAAAUGCACUCAUACCUACUACGCUUAAGCAACUCAGCCGAAUUAAUCACUAAAAAUUAAACGCGAAAAAACAAAAGUUCCCCUUGAUAAUUAUCUUUCAAAAUAAUUCCCUUCCUAAUUCCCACCAAAAAGAAAAUUCCAAGCCUACGCGCGUAAAAACAAAGAGCCAACAAAAGGACAAAAACGAACUAAGCAGUCAGGAAACCCCAUCCCACGCGCUGGCACUGCACGUGGGAAUAAUAUGGAUGAAUCGCGGUAGUGAUCGCAAUUAUCAUUCUCUGUAGCCCACCCUCUGCCCUUCUGUUUCCCUGUCCCUCACUCGCCCCCUCGCUGCUCUAUUUCUAAUCCCCAAUUUCCCCUUCCUUCCCCUUCCCCUGCAAAAUUCCCCCAUCUUCAAAAUCCCCCUUUCCUUUUCCUCCGAUCUCCCUCCCCAUCUUUCUCCGACCACCGUCUCUCAUCUCCGAACCAACCCUCUUCCGCCAAUCACAUGGCCUGGCUGGUCAGAGUGAAGUCCGCGAUCUCCAACUCCGCCACCACCAUCUUACCUCGAUCGGCGAAAAAACAGAGCGUCGCCGUCCUGGCCUUCGAGGUCGCCGGAGUAAUGACCAAGGUGCUCCACCUCUGGCAAUCCUUAACCGACAAGAACAUAAUCCGACUCAAGAACGACUGCAUCGCCCUAGAGGGCGUCCGCAAGAUCGUCUCCAACGACGAGUCCUUCCUCCUUGGCCUCGCCUGCGCCGAAUUGGCGGAGAACCUCCGCCUCGUCGCCAAAUCCGUCGCCCGGCUCAGCCACCGCUGCGCGAGCACCAACCUCCGCUGCUUCCACCUCGCCUUCGACCGGUUCGCCGACUCGGGUCACGACCCGAACGGGUGGGUCCUGGGCUGGAAGGAAAUGGAAUUGAAGAGCAACAAGAAGAUGGACCGGUACGUCACCGUCACGGCCACGCUCCACAAGGAGAUGGAGGAGCUGUCGGCGCUGGAGACCGCGCUGAGGAAGGCCGUCGCUGCUUCGGGUGCCGGCGACGAGACGACGACGAAGGAGCAGAAGAUCGCGGAUCUGCGGCAGAAGGUGUUCUGGCAGAGGCAGGAGGUGAAAUCGCUCAAGGAGAGAUCACUGUGGAACCGGAGCUUCGACGGCGUCGUUUCGAUGCUCGCGAGAUCGACUUUCACCGUCCUCGCGAGGAUCAAGCUGGUUUUCGGGAUCGGAUCUCAGGGGUCGCUCCCUACUUACUUGCCGAGGAGCCUCUCUGCCUCUGCGACCGUGUACCCGACCGAGAACCAGACCGGUUCGACCUGUUCCACCUACGUCUCCGGCCCGCUGGCGAAGAGCGUGAAGAACGGGUCGUCCGGCGCCGCCGACGGGUUCUUCAAAUCGAAUUCCCAGCUCCUGAAGCCGCCGACGACCACGCUGGGAGCGGCGGCGCUAGCCCUGCACUACGCCAAUCUAAUCAUAGUGAUGGAGAAGAUGAUCAAAUCGCCCCAGUUGGUCGGCGUCGACGCGCGCGACGAUCUGUACUCGAUGCUGCCCAACAGCGUGAGAUCGGCGCUCCGGGGGAGGUUGAAAGGGGUCGGGUUCACGGCGACCGACCCGGGCCUCGCCGGCGAGUGGCGGGACGCGCUGGGUCGGGUCCUGGGCUGGCUGGCGCCGUUGGCGCACAACAUGAUCAAGUGGCAGAGCGAGAGGAGCUUCGAGCAGCAGAAUUCGAUCCCGAAAACGAACGUGAUGCUGCUGCAGACCCUGUAUUUCGCGAACAAGGAGAAGACGGAGGCCGCCAUCACCGAGCUUCUGGUGGGUCUGAACUACAUCUGGAGGUUCGAGAGGGAGAUGACGGCGAAAGCUUUGUUCGAGUGUGGGAACUUCAGUGGGUUGCUAAUGAAGCCUCAAUGUAGUAGUAAUCCAAUUGCUGGUUCGGGAUAGGAUAAUCGAGAAGGAGACUGGAGGGUUCAAAUCAAAACCGUCCUCUGGGUUUCCUUUUUCUUCUUUUGUGUACCCAUUUUUCAUCUCUUUUCUUUGAGAUUCUUCUGAUGGAUUGGGUUUUGAUCUGCCUCAGAUUGAAUGUUUUGAGGGUUCUUUUCUUGUUAUUAGAUGUAAAUGAAAGUAUGAAUAUGAUAAAUGAUAAUGGUGAUUUGGGAGAUUAAUUAAUCUUGAGUAUGAUA